UUAGAAUGAGGGUUGAGGCAGGAAAGAUAUGUGAGAUAGUCACAGCCCCGCAGCGAGCGGGGACACGUCUCUCCUGACAGUGUGGGAUGACUGAAGCGAAGGAACGGUUCACUUCUUCCAAAGGGGGACCGCGCAACCGGGAUCUGGCUGCGCUCCGCGGAUCAGAGUAAAGGACGAGAAAGAGAGAGACUGAAAAGAAAUCGAGGAGAGAAACUCCGGGAUGUCUGUGCAAUAUGCAGUGUAACUGACAAGGCCAGUGUACUGAAACUGAUCGAGGUAUAAUAGAUCGCGCUUGAAGAACCAUUUUUCAUGUAGUAUUUUUUUGAUGCACCGAUGAGAGAUCCAGCUUUUACGGGGACUGAAAUGGCUUAUCACCCUUUCCACGCUCACCGGCCGACCGACUUCCCCAUGUCCGCUUUUUUAGCGGCCGCACAGCCCUCUUUCUUUCCAGCGCUCAGCCUUCCCCCCGGGGCACUCUCCAAGUCUAUCUCGGAACACGGUUUGGCUGGGACGGAAACGGGACUCCACCCGGCGCUGAGCCACCACCAGGCUGCUCAACUCCGCAGUCUAAAAACCUUGGAGCCAGAAGAGGAAGUGGACGAUGAUCCCAAAGUUACCUUGGAAGCCAAGGAUCUUUGGGACCAGUUUCAUAAACUUGGCACCGAAAUGGUUAUUACGAAGUCUGGACGGAGGAUGUUUCCACCUUUCAAAGUACGAAUAAAUGGGCUUGAUAAAAAAGCUAAAUACAUUUUGCUAAUGGACAUCGUGGCUGCGGAUGACUGCCGCUACAAGUUCCACAACUCGCGCUGGAUGGUCGCGGGCAAGGCCGACCCAGAGAUGCCCAAGAGAAUGUACAUCCACCCGGACAGUCCAGCCACUGGCGACCAGUGGAUGGCCAAGCCUGUUGCUUUUCAUAAACUCAAGCUCACGAAUAACAUAUCGGAUAAGCACGGAUUUACCAUCCUAAAUUCAAUGCACAAGUACCAGCCCAGAUUCCACAUCGUGCGGGCUAACGACAUACUGAAGCUCCCUUACAGCACAUUUAGGACGUACGUCUUUCCGGAGACCGAGUUUGUGGCUGUGACAGCAUAUCAAAACGACAAGAUAACACAACUUAAGAUUGACAACAAUCCAUUUGCCAAAGGAUUUAGAGACACUGGGAACGGAAGACGGGAGAAAAGGAAACAACUAACUAUGCCAUCACUGCGAAUGUUUGAGGACCAGGGCAAGGAUGGCUUGGACUCAGACGCAUCAAGCGAAACUCCGACUGCUCGUGACGCCAUCCAUUCCCCAAUUGGAGCGGGCACAAGCCCGCAGCGAUUCAACAGGCCUGGCCAAGAUGAGAAAGCAUGCAGUGACAGUGAGCAGGAACUUGAAAAUCAUGGCGAGCGCUGCACAAGCUCCAACAGCCCCGGGACUGAACCUGUGUCCCCCUAUAGUUCUCGAUGUGAGGAGCAGAUCAGAGAAAGGCCUGAUAUGGACAAGAAAGAUGACCCCAUUUUAAAUGUAAGGAGCCUGGUGAAAGACAAAGCCGAAAGCAGGCAUCGGAAGGACAUCGCAGAUAUGUUGAUAAAAGACGCUGAGGCUGGGAGCAUCAGUGCUAUUAAGGACACCUUCUCCCCACUCAUGCUCCAGACCGAAAGCCCUCCACACUUCAACCCAGGUCAUUUACAAAGCCUGGCACUGUCUGGCCUACACAGCCAACAGUUCUUUAACCCUCUAAACACCGGAUCACCGCUUUUGUUUCACCCCGGGCAGUUUGCCAUGACCCCUGGAGCCCUUUCCGCUAUGGGAAUGGGGCAUUUACUGGCCUCUGUAUCUGGAGCAAGUGGUUUGGAAAAUAGCAACCUCUCUUCUCAAGGGACAGGAGGAACCACCAAUGCCUUCCCCUUCCAUUUGUCUCAGCAUAUGCUUGCUUCUCAGGGCAUCCCCAUGCCUCAGUUUGGGGGUCUCUUUCCCUACCCCUACACCUACAUGGCAGCAGCUGCAGCUGCAGCUUCCGCCCUCCCAGCAACGAGCACCUCCAGCCCACUCUCCAGAAACCCUUUUCUCGCCACAUCUCGACCACGGCUCCGCUUCAACCCCUACCAGCCCCCAUUGUCUUUGUCUCAGAGCUCCAGCCUACUCACAACCAACCUACAAUGUAACCUCAAUCCAAGCUCUGAAUCAUCCAAACCGUGCAGUCGGGAGACCAGCCCAGCCCUAGAAAACCACAGCCACAACAAGAAUGGGGGAUCUUGCGGGAGGGGCACAUCCCCCAAAACGAAAGACUCUCUGAAUGAACUACAGAAUAUCCAGAGACUUGUGAGUGGCCUGGAAAGCCAGAGGGAGCCAUCUCUAGCAGAAAAUUCUCCAAAGUGAUACCCCACUCAGUUUGGGAUGUCUUGGCUUGCAGACUGAGGAUUAUUCUGUUAUUUGCAGCACACAACAAAAAACAUGGGUGAUGGUUUGACUGAUAAUUGCUUUUGGAACAAUUCUACAUUUGUAAGAAGCCAACCCAUCAACCUCUGAUAUUGAAAUGGAAAGCUUAUACCAAACCAUAUCCUCCCAAUUUCUGUCCCCAAACUGAAUCUUCCUGACAGGCAGCUCCAAAUACUUGAACAUUACACGGUAUUUGGGUCGUUGGAUUUGGUUUGGCCACAUAUAAAACGAAACAACAACAAAAGAAACAAACAAAAACGACAACAAGUGUCCAGCUCGAGAUCACGGGCCUUUAACUGUUUUCAAGGGCAAUUUGUAUUCAAGAGAAAAGGGUUUUCUGAUCUAUUUAUGUGAUGUAAAAGUAAAUAAAUCUGUAAAUAACUAAGA